GUACAGAGGUGCAGUAGUCUCACAGGCCUGCAUCGGACAAGGGAGCACUGAAAUGUUUCCGUUUGGACAAACACAGAAGAGCUUCAAGGAAAGCUGUAAUGUGAAUGCUAUGCAUUUGUUUCUUGUUUUGCUGUACUGGCAAGGUGUGAACACAAAGACCACCUUCUCUCCAGUGACCGAUGAUGCUAUUACAUCACGAAGGACUAUAGUACAUAAAGGUCAAAGUCAUGUCAUUGUUCAAGAAGUUGAAAUCCUGAAACCCCAAAGUGUAGAGCUUUUGUGUAACCUGACUGACAUCCCAAGUAAACCCUCAAACAUAACCGGCUUCUGGAGAAAAGAUGCCGAUAAAAUUGAAAACUCCCAACAAACUAUUUACAGGCACGAUGAACAGUAUAUCCUUAAAAAGAUCUUUAACAUCCAGGCCAGUGAUCUAGGAAAUUACUCAUGUAUCUUCAGCUAUUUGGGAAAAGAGAAACAAGCUACUUUUGUUUUAAAAGUGCCUGCGAUUAAAGACAAGCGAGACAGGCCUAUAGUGAGCUAUGUUGGAGAUACAGUUGUACUGGAGUGUGGCAUCAAGCGCACACCCAACACCUGGGAAUGGUACAAAACCAAUGGCAGUGAAAAGGGGCUUAUCAAUGCCACUUCUGAUCCCACGCACUACAAGAUCAUCUUAGCCAAAAAUAUCACCAAGCUGACCUUGAUGAACUUGACUGAGGAAGAUUCGGGUAAAUACAUGUGCAGUGCAGUUUUCGACAUCAAACCCAGUGAUUCGCAGUUGAUCCUCAAAGUUCUGUCCUUCUCUGAGCCGCUCAAGCCUUUCGUGGCUAUAGCUGUUGAAGUCGCCAUCCUCGUCACUCUCAUCCUGCUCUAUGAGAGACAGAGUCAGAAAAAGAAAGGUCCUGUUGGAACCACAGAGAACGGACUGUAUGAACAUACAUUGACGCAGGAGGAGAACACCAUGGAGGAUGGAGAGACCACAACCAGGCAGAGAAAAGUGGAGCACUAACACAGCUGUUUCAUUCAUUAGUAAACAUGGUGUUUGAAAUUAUCCAAAACAUUCAGUAUACUUAAGCUACAUAAAACUUUCAUAUUAUUAAAGUUAUAAGAACAAGAAAAGAACAUAUCCUCUGGAAGAAAUGUGGGUGCUACAUUUAUAACAGUGUAUAUAAACUUAACACUGUGUACAUAAAUCAAGAACUCUAUGUUUGAAUCUCAUGAGCAAUACUACAACUUAUUACAGCAAUAUUAAAGUGUAUAUGAAUCAUAAAUAAUAAACAGAAGCCGAGAUUAUAAAUUUUUG